CACCGUGCACUUCCGCUUCCGGGUCCUGGGGCUCCACGUGAAUAUAGAGAGCAACGUGAGAGGAGACCAGGGGAAAUGGGGGAAUUCAAGGUUCAUCGUGCUAAGUUCUUUGAUUACAUCCCGUCCAGCGUGCGCUGUAUGGCGUACGCUCAGCAGACAGAUCGACUUGCCCUAGCCCGCAGCGAUGGCUCCGUGGAGGUGUAUAAUUUCUCUGCAAAUUAUUACCAGGAAAAGGUGAUCCCUGGAGAUGAGAAGAGAUCCACAGAAGCGAUCUGUUGGGCGGCUGACAACCGACUCUUUACAGCUGGUCUAAACGGUGAGAUUGUAGAAUAUGACCUGGCAAAGCUGUGCGUCAAAUAUACCCUCGAUGCCUUUGGAGGCCCCAUCUGGAGUAUCCGUGCUAAUGCCAGCGGCUCGCACCUUGCAGUCUGCUGUGAGGACGGCUCUGUCAAAUUGUUCAGCGUUACACCUGAGCGAGUCACAUUUGAAAGAAACUUGGAUCGUCAGAAAGGUCGAAUUCUCUGUCUGGCUUGGCACCCCUUGGGUACUCACAUAGUGACUGGCUCAGUUAACAAGAUUCACGUAUUUAAUGUUCAAUCAGGCCAUCUGGUGCACAUGCUCAGACUGGACAGACGGCCACAAGCUGGUCGACGGCCGGAGUGCCUGGUUUGGGGCAUCGCCAUGCUUUCAAGUGGUGACAUCAUUAGUGUGGAUUCUUCUGGCAAGUUACAUAUGUGGGAUUCAGUGACCGGGACGCUGAUUGAGACACACACGGUAGCUAACUGUGACGUCCUCUGCCUCGCUGUAUCACAGAACGAGGACAGCCUGGUGGUGGGCACGGCUGAGGGCAUAACUUUCCAAUUUCAGCUGCUUGAAAAGAAAGUUGGAGAGAAGGAGAAGAAGUGGUUUUCUACCAAACCGUUUCGGCAUCAUACGCACGAUGUCAGAGCAGUGGCACACAGCAGCACAGCACUAAUAUCUGGAGGUGUAGAUGGACAGCUGGUUUCCCGCCCCUUGAUGGAGAGGAUACAAACCAAGUCUUAUGAGGCUGCUUUACGAAAGAUCACCUUUCCACAUCGUCAUUUAAUAUCCUGCGCCCGAGGAGCCCGCUUGCUUCUAUUCCAGUUCCCCGAGCGCUUGGAGCUGUGGAGACUGGGGAAAAGUGAGGAGUCAGGGAAUGAUGGCCAUAUUCUUAACAUGAUGCAAAAACAUGAGCUUCUCCUGCAGCUGAAACGGAAGGGCACUGAAAGUAUCCGCUGCAGCUCUGUCUCAAACUGCGGCUCGUGGAUUUCUUAUGCCACCACUUCCCGACUCUACCUGCACCGGCUGUGUUAUGAAAAGGAUAAUCUGAGUAUUAGUCGGGUUCCCAAGGUCCCUCGAGUCACAUCUGCAGUUCUGCAACUUCUGUUCUCUCCAGAUUCUACUCAACUCUACGUGGGGUCGGAGGAGGGACGAGUGCAUGUCCUCAAGCUUACAGAGGGCAGCUGCCAGCACAGUCACACUCUGGAGCCUCCAUCAGGUACUCCCGAUCCUGUCCACCUCUUGGCUGUGAGUGAAGACGGUGCUUUCCUGGCAGUGGCCACAAUCAAUGCGCAGAUUGAUGUCUAUAACAUUAAGAAGCUGAAGCAUGAAUGCUCAGUGCCCCGGUAUAAUUCACCUCCCACUGCAAUGGCCGUCCACCCACUAACCAACAACCUAGUCAUCACUCACACAGACCAGCAGGUGUUAGAAUUCAGUAUUUCUCUUAAAGAAUACACAGAUUGGAGCCGGCGAUUGCUGCGACAUGGACUGCACCGUGAUUGGCUGGAGAGGGACACGCCCAUCACUGGUGUUUCCUUUAACCCUUCCAUGCCUGAACACAUCCUAAUGCAUGACACGUUUAUGCUCUGCGUCGUGGAUAAAACACUGCCACUUCCAGAUGACAAGACCGCUCUACUAAACCAGAGGACACUCAAAGGCCUGUCUGUUAAAGCGCGGAAGAGUCAAGCACACGCAUUUAAGAUCACAAAGAAAUAUCAGCCUCUGCUUUUCAUGGAUUUGCUCGACGAUGGAGAACUGGUCGUGGUGGAGAGGCCCUUCAGUGAUAUUCAAGCUCAACUUCCUCCUCCCAUCAGACAGAAGAAGUUUGGAACUUAAGCUUCCUUGUGUACACCUUAUUUUGUUUUACAUGCCUUACUUAAAGCCUUUGUUGGACUGAAAGUCUGGAUUUCUGGAUGACAGGGGACUUCGAUUCCCAUUCACUAUGCACCAUAUUUGGAUUUUAUCAUAGAAGUCAUUCUGGCCUUGGGAAGUUCAACAUGGCUUUAUCUGUUGACUUUGGUGAAUUUCCCUGAGAUUUGGUGAAUUUCCCAAGUAAUCAGAAAAACGUAUAAUUCCAGCAGAGUGUAAAUAUUUCACAAUGAUCACUUUAAUUAAUAUUAUUUUUCUAAUAAUAAAAAGUGGUUAAAAUAA